CUUUCCUCAAUUAAGCUUCACUUUUCCUAUUUCCCGGACACGUAAACUAUUGUCCAUUCCUGCGAUAUGCCGUGUUGCGUUAUGACCAGUCUUUCAUUAUAGUCGUUCAUUUCUUCUAGACUUUGAAUUGGUGAAAGACUACCGAGGAUGCCGACUCAGCUAGGAGCUGCUACCGCCUUCGCUCUUCGUGCCGGCCGCCAAAGCUCUCCUAGCUAUAAUCUCAUUUCCGCAGCUCUAUUGAGACAGCCAAAGCGUAUUAACGUUCGUCAAUUCGGUAUCUUCUCUCGACCGAGCCCCUCGAAACGAAGUAACCCUGCGACACCCACCCAAUGGCUAUUCCCGUCCCAGCGCGCUGUUCGCGCAAUUUCAGGGAAACCCCUCCCUCAGAGACGAUCCGUAAUACUUAACUUCGCAUAUCGAACAGCCGCUGUAGUUGGCACUGGCGUUGGUUUCUUGGGAGCAUUACUCGUGGCAUUCUUUUUGUAUGAUUCGACGACAUACAAGGAAACUUCAGUUGUUUUUGGCGAUUGCCAUGUAUCUGAAUCAGCCCUAUCGCCUCGACGCGGAGGACCCAAGAAUCUUCCCAUCAUAGAAGCGCUGCUUGACGACGAAGAUAAUGAAGAAGCUAAGAAGAGGAAAACAAAGCCACGGCUUGUGAUUCUGGGCGGUGGUUGGGGAAGUGUCGCACUACUAAAGCAGCUCAAUCCUGACGAUUAUCACGUUACGGUUAUUAGCCCGAAGAACUACUUCCUUUUUACGCCCAUGUUACCCUCUGCAACUGUUGGGACUUUAGAGAUGCGAAGUCUCGUCGAACCAAUUCGUAGGAUCCUGUCAAGAAUUGGCGGUCACUAUUUGCGAGCAUCCGCCGAAGAUGUUGAAUUUUCGCACAAAUUAGUGGAAGUAUCCCAGAUUGAUUCUCGUGGACAAGAGGUUAGGUUCUACAUCCCGUAUGACAAGCUUGUCAUUGCUGUGGGAUCUGUGACAAACCCUCACGGAGUUAAGGGUCUUGAGAAUUGCUUCUUCCUCAAGGAUAUCAACGACGCUCGUAUGAUUCGAAAUCAGGUUAUGAGGAAUCUAGAACUCGCUUGUCUUCCAACGACGCCGGAUGACGAACGUAAGAGACUACUAUCGUUUGUCGUCAGCGGUGGUGGCCCCACCGGUGUUGAAUUUGCUGCUGAGCUUUUCGAUCUGUUGAACGAGGAUCUGACUAGGAGAUUUCCUCGACUUUUACGGAAUGAGAUCUCGGUACACUUGAUUCAGAGCAGAGGACAUAUAUUAAACACAUACGAUGAGGCCCUUUCUAAAUACGCCGAAGACCGAUUUGCUCGCGACCAGGUGGAAGUCCUUGUCAAUUCUAGAGUGAAGGAGGUGCAGAAGGAUAAGAUCAUAUUCACACAAUUAACAGACGAUGGCACUAUGCUUACCAAGGAACUUCCGAUGGGCUUCUGCCUGUGGUCGACUGGUGUUUCCCAAGCAGAGUUGUGUCGACGAAUUGCUGCGAAAUUAGGACCGGCGCAGAACAACCGCCACGCCCUUGAAACCGAUACCCACCUACGACUUAAUGGAACCCCUCUUGGCGAUGUUUAUGCGAUAGGAGACUGCUCGACCGUCCAGAACAAUAUUUCGGAUAGCAUCAUCACCUUCCUACGCGGCCAUGCGUUCAAGUUGGGCCGAGACCCCGAAACCGUCGAGCUCCACUUCAGCGAUUGGCGAGCCGUAGCCUCGGACGUCAAGCGACGAUUCCCGCAAGCAUCUUCGCACUUAAAGCGCCUAGACAAGCUCUUCGAGCAGUUUGAUAAAGACCAAUCCGGCACUCUCGAUUUUGGCGAAUUAAGGGAACUUCUCAAGCAGAUCGACAGCAAGUUAACAUCACUACCAGCAACAGCGCAACGCGCCAACCAGCAGGGCAUCUAUCUCGCGAAGAAAUUCAACAAGCUAGCACACGCCGCGCCGGGGCUCAGGGCAAACGAUAUCAGAGAUGGAGACCUAGACGAGGCGUGCUAUAAAGCGUUCGAGUACCACCACUUAGGCAGCCUGGCAUACGUGGGUAACAGCGCCGUAUUCGAUCUCGGUGGCGGCUGGGGCGUGACAGGAGGCUUGUGGGCGGUGUACGCAUGGCGUAGCGUGUAUUUUGCGCAGAGCGUGGGCGUGCGGACGAGGGUGCUUAUGGCAAUGGAUUGGGCGAAACGGGGGCUUUUUGGACGAGAUCUCAUGAGUUUCUGAUGACCUACUAAGAACGAGUGGAGGGAGGGAGUUCGAGUUUCACUUGCCAGUUGCCAGAUACCCGAUUUCCACGGCCGGUAUGGUGUAAAUAGGGCGUGGGAUUUUUAUGAUGGGAAGGUUGGGCUCAGGUUGAAGUGCUUAUGCGAAGCUACAGAGAUGAUAUCACGGUUGAUUCUGACCGAGUUACGAGACUGACGCGGAGUUUAGAGCACGGUCAACUAGAAUUAGUGAUAAUCAAAUAUGAAACUGCCAACAGCAUACUGAGAGUUUUCGAUUUACCCCUUUUUAGCAAGCGCUUAGUUAUCUUUAUAC